AACCCACACUCACGCCCUCAUUUGGACAGCGAUGAAAUAAUCGUUCUGUUCUAACGCAAACUCUCUCUCUCUUUCCGUUUAAAAUAGACGUCUGUCAUAUUCAUUAGAGGUCGCUUAUGUAUAGUAAUAGUAUGUUACUGUAUGAAAUCGUUGUCAUUUUCUAUUGGGUUGUCUUUUCAUUUGAUCAUAAUCGUAUUUUUACUUAAUACUCUUUUUGAUAAUCAUAAUCAAAGAGAGAAAAAAGGGCGUUAUCGUUAAUAUUGCGUAGAAUUUUCUAUAUUAACUGCCUAUAUAAUCAUUUUAUUCAGUAUAGAUAUUUAGAUACAUAUAUAUACAAAGUUACUUGUGAUGACAACAGAAAAACCAAAUGUGAUAUUUGUUAUUGGUGCGCCAGGAGCUGGUAAAGGUACACAAUGUGAUCGAAUUUCGAAGAGCUAUAAUUAUGAUCAUUUAUCUGUUGGUGAUCUUCUUCGAGAAGAAACGGAUAAUUCUCAUUCAGAUUUAGGUAGACAAAUUCAAGAAACAAUGCAAAAUGGUUCUCUUGUAUCUUCUGAAAUAAUUUGUAAAUUAAUUGAAAAUGCAAUGAGAAAGAAUGGCAAAGAAAAUUAUUUAAUUGAUGGUUUUCCAAGAGAUAUGGAGAAUAUUGAUGAAUGGAAAAAAUCCAUGAGUGAUAAAGUUAUUCUUCAAUGUGUACUUGUUUUUGAUUGUGAUGAAAAGGUUAGUAUUGAUCGAUGUAUGAAACGUGGUCAAGAUAGUGGACGAGCUGAUGAUAAUGAAGAAACAUUAAAAAAACGAAUUGCUACAUUCAAAGAAUCUACUGAACCAACAAUUGAAUAUUAUGAAAAAAAGAAUUUAAUUAAACGAGUUGAUGCAACACAUGAUGUUGAAAAGGUCUAUCAAGAUGUUCAAAAUGUGAUGAAAAAAAUUUUAGAUCAACAAAACAAUUCCAAAUAA